AGGUGUUCGAUUUGUACUUCUGUAGUUUACUUGAAGUCUGACUGGCAAUAUUGUGAUUGGCCGCGGUGGAAUUUCUGUGGAUUUGGUGAAAUUGGAAUCGUUAGAAAGAAAACUGAGGAACCGAUCAUUCACUUGGCAAAAUGAAGUUUAUGAAACUUGGAUCCAAGCCUGAUUCAUUUCAGACCGAGGGAGACAAUAUUAGGUAUGUGGCUACUGAGCUGACAACAGACAUAGUUGUUAAUGUUGGGGAUGUGAAAUUCUAUCUGCAUAAGUUCCCCCUUCUAUCUCGGAGUGCACGCUUGCAGAAGUUGGUUGCAACAACAAAUGAUGAUAACAGUGAUGAAAUUAACAUCCAGGAUAUUCCUGGUGGGCCUGCAGCUUUUGAAAUAUGUGCCAAGUUCUGUUAUGGUAUGACAGUCACUCUCAAUGCGUACAAUGUGGUUGCAGCUCGAUGUGCAGCAGAAUACCUUGAGAUGUUUGAAACAGUUGAAAAGGGCAACCUAAUUUACAAAAUUGACGUCUUUCUCAGCUCCAGCAUCUUCCGUAGCUGGAAAGAUUCAAUUAUUGUUCUUCAGACUACAAGGUCUCUUCUUCCAUGGUCUGAGGAACUUAAGAUUGUCAGCCACUGUCUUGAUUCUAUAGCUACCAAGGCUUCAAUUGAUACUUCCAAGGUGGAAUGGUCAUAUACCUAUAACAGGAAAAAAUUGCCAUCUGAAAAUGGGAAUGAUCCUCUUUGGAAUGGUGUUAGAAAACCACAAUUGGUUCCAAAGGACUGGUGGGUGGAAGAUCUCUGUGAGCUUCAUAUAGAUUUAUAUAAGAGGGUGAUAACAACAAUCAAAACAAAAGGAAGAGUUUCUGGUGACAUAAUUGGAGAGGCCUUGAGUGCGUAUGCCAUGCGAAGGUUGCCAGGGUUUAGCAAGGGUAUGACACAGAAUGUUGAUGUGACAAAAUAUAGAUCUUUAGCGGAGACCAUUCUUUGGCUGUUGCCCACAGAGAGAGGUAGUGUUCCCUGUGGCUUCCUGCUUAAGUUGUUAAGAGCCGCAAUUCUAUUGGAAUGUGGAGAAAUGGAAAGAAGAGAGUUGAUGAGGAAAAUUGGCCACCAGCUAGAGGAGGCUACAGUGGCUGAUCUUUUGAUCCAAGCUCCACCUGGGGAAACAAUAGUAUAUGAUAUUGAUAUGGUGCAAUGCCUAGUUGAAGAGUUUGUGACAUAUGAGCAGACUCAGCAGAGUGCUCAGACUGAGCUUCCUAUUGAAAAUGAAAUACAGGAGAUUAGAAGCCCUGCAAUAGUAACAGAUGCUUCAAAGGUGAAGGUAGCAAAGCUGGUUGAUGGCUACCUAGCUGAAGUUGCCCAGGAUCCCAACCUACCUAUUACAAAAUUUGUCAAUCUUGCUGAAAUCGUGUCAAGUUUCCCAAGACUGUCCCAUGAUGGACUUUACCGUGCCAUUGACAUGUAUCUGAAGGAACACCCUGGGAUUAGCAAAAGCGAGAGGAAGAAAAUCUGCAGGUUGAUGGACUGCAGGAAGUUAUCAGCAGAAGCGUGUAUGCAUGCCGUGCAAAAUGAGCGACUUCCCUUGCGAGUGGUUGUGCAAGUCCUCUUCUUUGAGCAGAUAAGAGCCUCAACAUCGGCUGCUGGCAACAGCACACCUGACCUACCAGGGUCCAUGAGGUCUUUACUCCCUGGUGGAUCUCAUGGGAGCUCACGGUCUACUACAACCAACACUGAGGAGGAUUGGGAUGCAGUGGCAACAACGGAGGAUAUAAGGGCUUUGAAGGGGGAGCUUGCAACUCUAAGGUUAGCAGGCGGUGAUAAAACCUGGAAUGAUGGUGCUAAAAAUGAUGCUGAGAAAGUUGCUGCGGGAAAAAUGAAAGGUGUUCUCUUGUCAAAACUCUUUUCAAAGCUCUGGUCAGGCAAAGAAAGAAAUGGUGAAAUUAGUAGCUCCGACACAUCAGGGAGCCCAAGUCCUGGCUCUGCCACCGCAGAGGAAACAAAGUCAACCCCUUCUAGGAGUAGGAGGCAUUCAGUAUCUUAGAUAUAAACAUGCUCAGGCAUGCCUUGUUUGGGCUUGUAAAAUGAUCUUACAUAUUUGACCAUUAGGAAAAAUUAGAAGCCACUGACUUUAUCCAGCUGAUUCCCCACUGGGAUAAUUCAGGCAAAAGAGGCAUGUCGAAAGGGUUAUGGAGAAAAAUGCAUGUCAGUUAGAUAUUAACUGUCAAUUUUGUCACUGCUGAAGAGAUGGAGGUUGUAAGGUAUAGAUUAUUGAUCUUGACCUAUUCCGAGAGAUAGGGUGUGAUGUUGAACCACUUUUGCUGUACUAAAAUCUAAAGGGAGUGGCAAGUUUCUGCAUGUUAUAUUAGUUGCGUAUUGUAGUUUCAAACCGUCACUGACCUGGAGAUUAUACUUUUCUUAAGCAAUAUCAGCAGGGUAAUUCCGUCUCAA